AUGCUACUCUCAGGACAAAGGGAACUGACGGGGCCCCGGGAAGACACUGAGAAGCUCUCAGUGCCUGGCUUGAAGCAGCGCUGCCAAGGAGAGAAUUUUAUCCAUCUCUGCGACCCUCACCUGGAGAAAACAGAAGAAGGCAUCCCAUACCAUCUUGCUCUUGGGACCGGUACCCAUGAUUUUCCGGCGUUGUUUGGAGAUGUAAAGUUUGUAUGUGUUGGAGGAAAUCCUUCACGGGUGAAAAGUUUUAUUGCCUACGUAGCUGAAGAACUGGGGCUUGGGAGCCCUGGUAGUGACUAUCCUAAAUCUGACCCUUACGCAGUGUACAAAGUGGGACCUGUUUUGUCAGUCAGUCAUGGUAUGGGCAUUCCUUCUAUUUCAAUCAUGUCGCAUGAGCUGAUCAAACUGUUGUAUUAUGCCAAGUGUUCCAACGUAACCACUAUUUGCAUUGGCACUUCUGGUGGGAUAGGAUUGGAGCCAGGCUCAGUGGUUGUAACCCGGCAGUCUGGAGGUACCCCCUUCAAACCUCAAUUUGAAGAGGUUGUUCUGGGAAAGACCGUAAUUCGCAGUACAAACCUCGAUGAACAGCUAGCUAAGGAACUGAUGCAGUGCGGGAAAGAAAUCGGUCGAUUCAAUACAGUAAUUGGAAACACGAGGUGCACUUUGGAUUGCAGUGGAGCUGUCAGAAAACAACCUCAUAUCUAUUUUGUGAACCUGUCCCAGGAUUAUGCUUCUUGGAAAGCCGGGGUGGCAGCGGUGAAAGAUGAGAAAGAGUGGGAGUGGGAAGAAGCUACCGGGAGGGAGAAAGAAUGUCUCUGGGAGGUGAAUGAGGAAAAAUACGACUUCCUCACUGUGGAGGAGAAAACUCGGCUUAGUAACAACAUACGACAAGUUCAACGUGAGAGGAGAAAGAGGUCUCCUGUGAAGCUGGAGGCAGGGGAGGAAUGUCACCUCUCCAUCAGAUUUAAUCCUGCUUGUGAAGAAGGUUUGACUAGCAGGGAGGUAGAGAAGGUUCUGAAGAUACAGUUUCUGGAGCACCCUCAUGAGGAGCAGGUCUCUGUUCGGAGAGAAGUCUACUUUCCGAGUCUCCGUAUCCAGACCACAGCCCUGGACUUUGGCUGCAUCGUGAAUGACACUGAAGCAGUGCGUUAUACUGAGAUGAGCAACUGCAGCCCACUUCCUGUGCGGUACCGCUGGUUGUUCCUGACAGACGGCCCGGCGAGCCAGAUGAGGUUCAGCCCUCCUGCAAGUCAGUGUUUCAUCACACCGCAACCACCACAGGAGAACAUAGCCCAGUCGGAAGGCUCAGCAUCUGCAGAGAGCAGCUCCAGGGAGGAGGCUGCAGAGGAGCCAGCCAAAGGCCUGGGAGCAGCAGGAGAUACUCUCCAAAAGCCAGCAGAUGCCAACGAUUCCCUGGAAGCAAAGGUAGAUUUUCUUCUGCAGCCACAAGUGUGCUUGGUAGCAGGGCCAGCGACUGGACACAGGGCUUCUGCAGGGGAGAAACACAAAGCCUAG